GAUUUCGAUACUUUGGAAGCUAUCUUGCUGGAUGUCGGCCCAGAUGACAUGGCGAUCAAAUCAUCCUCGCGACUAGAGCUUCCCAUCAGUCAAUUUUGCAGCCUUGUUUCCCGUUGCCCUCAGCUGCGGUAUAUUCACGUGCCGUUUUCCCUCGACUUUCCAAGAGGAUUGCUUCCCGAUGCUCGCCUGGUCGUUCCUAAAUUGCAGUAUCUGUUCGCGGAAGGUCUCAACUGUUCCGACAUGGCCAGUGCGAAAGCAUAUAUACCCCUGAACCUGCCGAAACUCGACCGCGUUCUGGCAACAGGGAUCGACAACAAAGUUCAAGAAGUUCUCGAUGAUCUCAGAAUUACAUUCAACUUUCCGGAUGCCGAUACGCUCGCAGACCUUCGUCUUCAGCUGGCUGGAGACGAACAGCCGCUCCGUCGCCAGGUCCUGCGGUCUUUGUUUCGCAGGCCCAAGAAACGGUACUUACGAGCGAAGCCGGUUCGUCGGGAACUAAUCACUAUCAAGCAAGAACGGACGGACGAAACACUUUUCGAUGACCAGCCUGAGGACCAGGUGUUGGAGAUUCGAUUGACAGACUUGGAGUUGCCGAUUCUGGUAGAGCCGCCACCUUCCCCUCGGACGAUCUUGUCUGCGAGUGACAUACCAUCUGCGUUUCGCUCGUCUGUUUCCAGCCUGAGCGAGGAAAGUCCGCCCUCUGCAACCUCGAUUUACGUCUCCGACUAGACGAACGUUCGAGCUCAGGGGUAACCCCACAUUUCUCAUUAUAAGGCAACUAUUGUAUAUUCAAC